AUUUUAAGAUUUAUUUACAUUUGUCGUAGUCCCAAUAAUAAAAAUAAAUCCUAUAUAACGAGUAACGAAUUAAAUUCAGCUUAUAACACAAUUAUAUAUAUUUCUCAGCAGGAAAUGUUCCCUGAGGAAUAUAAUCAUCUUAAGCAUAAUCAAAUACUCCCUAAAAAGAAUCGUCUUAUAAGUCUUAGUCCAUUUAUUGAUUCUAAUAACCUUAUUCGCGUCGGUGGACGCCUUCAAAACUCUAACUAUAGUUACGACGUAAAGCAUCCAGUCUUAUUAUGUAGUAAACAUCAUUUAACUAAAAUAUUAUUUCUUAAAUAUCAUAAAUCACUGUUUCAUGCUGGCCCUCAGCUUCUUCUUGCCAAUGUAAGGCUCACAUACUGGCCUCUUGGAGGUAGAAACCUAGCUAAGCAAACUGUACGUAAUUGUGUUCGUUGCACGCGCUUUAAAGCUCAACCUAUUCAAGUCGUCAUGGGCAACUUACCCAGCGAGAGAACACAACUACAAUUUCCCUUUUUGAAUACAGGUUUAGAUUACGCUGGGCCAGUGCUGAUAGCCGACCUGAAGAGCAGAGGAUGUAAAUUAAUUAAAUCUUAUAUUUGCGUCUUUGUAUGUUUUGCAGUUAGAGCCGUGCAUCUAGAGCUAGUCUCAGACCUCACUAAAGAGGCCUUUCUAGCAGCCUUUAAUCGCUUUAUUAGUCGACGUGGUAAGCCUCAGCGGGUAUUCUCCGACAACGGCACUACUUUUGUGGGAGCUUUAAAUGAGCUUUCACGUCUUCUACAAGUUUCAUCCAAUACUAUUUCCAAUGACAUUGCAAACGAAGCAAAAGGCCAAGUGACAUACAGGCUAUCAAGACCUAAAACCAGGUACCAUGGUGGUGGUGAGGGACUCUCCCAUCUUCCUCCUCUUCUGUGGCUCUUGGGCAGAGUCACCAAUGUUCAUCCUGGGUCUGACGGGCGCAGCAGAGUUGCCGACAUUACGACGAGAAAGGGAGUCAUAACACGGGCAUACAACAUGCUUUGCCCUUUGCCGUGCCUUCAUCGGAGACUUCUUGAAGCCUUACUACUUCAACCCGGGGAAUAUGUUCCUGUCGUCUCAUCGGCGUGAGUGGGGGCUUGCGUUCGUGGCGGAGCGGCGCUCGCACCGA